AUCAAAGUUGGUAGUAAAUAAAAAAAAAAAAGAACUGCCGCUCUUUCUUCCUCGCUCGUCUUCUUCUACUUAUCCUCCCCUCCAGAUCCGCCAUAGUCACAUUCGUUCAACUUCAACAGGUGGCCCCCCACUUCAACACCAAUCACACUUAACUUAACCAGAGUUUCGAAAUUUCGAAUCUUUCAUCAACAGGAAGACGCGCAGGCAUAUCAAAGUUCAAAUCUUGUUUUUACUCUCUGGUUUCAAUCGAAUCUCUAACUAUGCCUGCCUCGAAGAAGAUUUCCGACAGGAACCCCAUAGGACAAGUGUUCAACAAGCUGCUGAAGCAGAUUGGUGAAGCAGAGGAGUUCGAGUUGCCUGAUUGGUUGAACAAAGGCAAACCAACUCCUCCUUACAUCUUCAUCAAGCGCAAUAUAUACUUGACGAAGAAAACCAAGAAGGGAGUUGAGGAUGAUGGAAUAUUCUGUUCUUGUUCCUUGUCCCCUGACUCUUCAACUGUGUGCGGUAGUAAUUGCCAUUGUGGGAUGCUAUUCUCAAGCUGUUCUUCCAGUUGCAAGUGUGGUAGCGAGUGCAAAAACAAGCCGUUCCAACACCGGUAUGUCAAGAAGUUGAAGUUGGUUCAGACUGAAAAAUGCGGAUCAGGGAUUGUAGCAGAAGAAGAGAUUGAACAAGGAGAGUUUAUCAUUGAGUACGUAGGAGAAGUUAUAGAUGAUAAGACUUGUGAGGAAAGGCUUUGGAAGAUGAAACACCAUGGAGAGACGAAUUUCUAUCUGUGUGAGAUAAACAGAGAUAUGGUGAUUGAUGCCACUCAUAAGGGGAACAAGUCGAGAUAUAUCAAUCAUAGUUGCAACCCCAAUACGCAGAUGCAGAAAUGGAUCAUUGAUGGCGAGACAAGAAUCGGCAUUUUUGCAACCUGUGACAUAAAGAAAGGAGAGCAUCUGACUUAUGACUAUCAGUUUGUUCAGUUUGGUGCAGAUCAAGACUGCCAUUGUGGAGCCAUAGGUUGCAGAAGGAAGCUUGGGGUGAAACCAAGCAAGCCUAAAUUACCCUCUGACGAAGCUCUUCAUGUAGUUGUAUCUGAAGUAGCCCAGACCCUGCCUAAGGUGCAUCAAAAUGGAGCUAUACAUGAACAUGAAGAAGGAAAGUCAUGGAACAAGCUUAAGCAAGGGGAGCCAUGUCCUCGUAACUGCAUUGGUGUGGUGGUCAGGCUAUCUCGCACCAGGAGUGAUAGGUGUUUUGGCAUCAUUAGAAACUUUAGUGCGUUUACAAGAAAGCACGCGAUAAUGUUUGAAGAUGGUGUUACCGAGUUUAUUGACAUGUCCAAAGAAGAAGAUUGGGAGAUUCUAUCUGACUAAUAGUGUUCUAAGUCCUUGCAGCUUUCUUCUUCUCUGCAGAAUUCUUUGGAGCAAAAGUUGAACAAAUCUGCCAGCCUUUAAAGUUUGAUUUGGGGAUUGGUGCAGUGACCUUGUUAUGUUGCAUCUAACAGAAUGUAAUGUUUGUAAGAUUAUACAUAACCAUAUUUGUAAUUUCUCCUUCUCCUUAAUUUCCUCAUUUUUCGUCAACAUCUCAAAGAUGAUGAACGAUGUCUUGCAAGAACUUUGUGGUGUAUGUACCUGUACUGUACUGUACUGUACUGUACUGUUGUUGUAAUCAAAGACUGUUCUACC